GGUGGUGGUGGGCGGGCCCAUGGUUCCUGGCAGGGAGGCCCCACCCCCCAGUGGGCGUGGUCCCAGCCCUGCUAUAUCUGGCUGCCCAGGUGCGGGCGGGCUCAGACGGGGCCGGGCAUGGCCGAGGGGCAGGGCGCGGUGGCGGGGGGCGACCCCCCGGACAAGGUGAAGCGGCCCAUGAAUGCCUUCAUGGUGUGGUCCAGCGGGCAGCGCCGGCGCCUGGCGCAGGAGCACCCCAAGAUGCACAACUCGGAGAUCUCCAAGCGCCUGGGGGCCGCCUGGCGCCGCCUGCCCGAGGCCGAGAAACGCCCCUUCGUGGAGGAAGCCAAGCGGCUCCGGGCCCGGCACAUGCGGGACUAUCCUGACUACAAGUACCGACCCCGGCGCAAGGGCCGGGCCCCCGCCAAGGAGCUGCCGCCGGGGGGCCGCCCGCCCCCCCAGCUGCCCGCCGCCCAGGCCUGGGGCUACGGCGAGCCCCUGGGCUACCAGCCGGCCCGCUACCCGCCGUGCCCGGCUGCCGCGGGAUACGGGAAUGCAGCCGGAGGGUACAGGUGGGUCCCGCCCGCGCCUCCCGUCCCCUCGGGUGAAUGGGGGACCCCCAACGGUGCCCCCUUACUGGGGAAAUGGGGGGGGAUUAGCAAGGGUGGGGGGCUGCUACAUUCCCUCUUUCCCCAGGCCAGGCAUGGUUGAAAUUAGGGCUGGCUGAGGGGUCCGUGUAUAACCAACCCCAGAGGUGGCCGCAUCUCAGCGCUGGGCAAGGGAUCCCUGUAUAACCAGCCACCCCGCCCCAGAGGUGAGCACAUCUCAGCACUGGGCGAGGGGUAACCGGCCACCCCGCCCCAGAGGUGAGCACAGGGGGGGAACAUACACCAGGUUCAGGUGCUGGUUGGGACCAAGUGGGCACCAGCCCCAGAAUUUGCAUGUUAACUAUUAACAAGGUGAGUCAGUGCCAGCUGCUGAGGGCAUGAUGGGGCACCAGUCCUUUGGUAUGUGAACCCAGGAGUCCUGGCUCCCAGCCCCCCCUGCUCUAACCACCAGCCCCCACUCCCCUCCCAGAGCCGGGGAGAGAACCCGGGAGUCCUGGCUCCCUGGUGUGCCAGGAUAUGCCCACCCCCGCCCAGGGCCCUAGAUCUUUGGGUCCCGGCCAGGAGCAGGGUGGGGUUGGGUGCCAGG